AUGUCGCGCACGUUAUCAGAAUUCCCCAUUCUUCCUACCUCAAAACGUUGUACCGGCGAGUAUGCCUUUACAUUUUUCUCAGACCGUUAUAUGUUGUCCAGCGAUGUUUUUCAAAUUAAAUUUACUUCAAGUUUGGAAGAAUGUUUGGCGUUAUGUUUAAAUAGCGCGGAAACUUCAAAAUCAAAUGUUUGUAAAAGUGUGUCUUUUAACAGAACAGAUGGGGGUUGCCAUUUAUCUUCACAAAAUCAACAUAGCAAACCAACCUCAAUUCGUAUUAAUAAUAAUCCAAACUAUAGAAUUGAUUAUUACGAAAAUAAUUGUUACAACAAUAGUUUUACGUUUACUUCAAAUUGUGAGCCUACCGGCAUUCGAGUAUAUUCUUUAUUUUCUCUAAAAUUUAUUUUUCCACUUCAGAUAACCGUAGAUUCCCUCAUUCCUUAUACCGGCGCCCUUUAUGGCCUCUAUGAUUUUUUCUCUUGCCGUGUAGAACCUAAAGAACAACAACAUUUUGAAUUGUUUUUUCCCUAUCCUAAUUAUGCUAAAAAUUGUUCUGACAGUAUGAGAAGACUGGAGAAUGAUAUAUUCCUUGAAGUUGUUUUAUCCACAGAUGGGGUAGAACCUUUAUAUUUUAUAACGGCAGAUGAUUUGACGUAUCAAGCCCGUUGUCCAGCACCGACUAAACAAAGACAAAUUACUCAAGAAAGUUAUUCAACAACAACACAACUUCUAACUAACCAAACAACAACCUCUCCUACCGAAAAUUUAAUUAAAAAUAAUUAUAUUAGAGGAAAUUCAAUUAAUGCAAUUUUGGAGGAAUUGGCUAAUUCCGCAACAGCUACAACAACAAUAAUUAAUAGUGAAGAAGAAGAAAAUAAAAAAGAUAAAAAAUUAGUAGAGGCUUCAAGUAGUGAAGAAGAAAUUCAAAAAAAUAAUGAAGUUUCUUCGACAACUUCUGGAACUACAAAAAUUAAUUUAAAGGAAAAUACUAAACAAAAAAAUGAAUUUACUAAAGAUACAUUUUCUUUACCUUUAUAUUCAAUACUUCAAAAUGAAUUUUCUGAAACAACUACUAAAAGUGAAUUUUUAGGAUAA